GGAAUAUUUUUGAGCUUAGCCAGUUAGCUAGCAGCCUUAAUUAAGGACAUUAAGAUCACGCCCUGAAAGAUCAAGAGAUAAGGGCACAAUGUCUGAGAGUGACAUGUGCAGCCACGUAAAGGUGGUGGUGCGUGUACGCCCGGAGAACUCCAAGGAACAAGAGGGCAACUUCAAGAAAGUGGUUCAUGUUGUUGAUAAGCACAUGCUCAUCUUUGACCCGAAAGAGCAGGAGGUGACCUUUUUCAGAGCACAGAGACUCCGAAACAGAGAUGUCAACAAGCGAGCCAACAAAGACCUGAAGUUUGUUUUUGACCAUGUUUUCGGGGAGGAUUCUUCUCAGUUUGAGGUCUUUGAGAACUCCACCAAAGGCAUCCUAGAUGGAGUCUUAAAUGGAUACAACUGCACUGUGUUUGCCUAUGGUGCAACAGGAGCAGGGAAGACUCAUACCAUGUUGGGAUCUGAAAACAAUCCAGGAGUGAUGUAUCUCACCAUGAAAGAGCUAUUCGGGCGAAUAGAUCAAGUCAAGGAUGAAAAAAUAUUUGAUGUUGCUUUUUCCUAUCUUGAGAUCUAUAAUGAACAGAUUCGGGACCUGCUGGCUAACUCUGGACCCCUGGCUGUCCGUGAGGACAGUACCAAAGGUGUGGUGGUACAAGGCCUCACACUGCAUCAGCCUAAAUCUGCUGAGCACAUCCUUGAAGCUCUGGAUUAUGGGAACAAAAAUAGAACGCAGCACCCAACGGAUGUGAACGCUUCCUCAUCGCGAUCCCAUGCAGUGUUCCAGAUCUAUUUAAGGCAGCAAGACAGGACUGCCAGCCUAAACCCAAAUGUAAGGGUUGCUAAAAUGAGUCUGAUAGACCUGGCUGGCUCAGAACGAGCCAGUGCCACCAACACCAAAGGGGCCCGCUUCCGGGAGGGAGCCAACAUCAACCGCUCAUUGCUCGCUCUGGGGAACGUCAUCAAUACCCUGGCUGACCCGAAGAGUAAAAAAACUCAUAUACCAUACAGGGACAGCAAACUUACUCGGCUAUUGAAAGACUCCCUGGGAGGAAACUGCCGCACCAUCAUGAUUGCCAAUGUUGGCCCAUCCUCAGUGUCUUAUGAGGACACCUACAAUACUCUGAAAUAUGCAAACAGAGCCAAAGAGAUUAAGUCUUCUCUGAAGAGCAACGUGGUCAGCCUUGACAGUCACAUCAGCCAGUAUGCAGUAAUAUGUGAGAAGCAACGAGCAGAGAUUGUGGCUCUGAAACAGAAGUUGAAAGAAUAUGAGGAGAGAAAGAUUGAUGCGCCAGACACUCAAUAUCUGAAUCCUUUAUCCAUUCCCACUAAGAAGCAAGCUGACUUUGAGAGGAUGGAAGAGACCCUACAGAAAAUAUUCACCAGCCGGGUUCAGAUCCGAAAGGAGUUACUGAAUCUCGAGCGACAGCUGAAGGAGAACGAGCUGCGACAGCACCACAAAGAGGAGUGCCACCAACAGAUUCAGCUUCUCUGUGCCGAAGACAAGGCUGAGAAGGCCACCUGCAAGCACGAGCGGAGGCUGGCCUCCCUUCUCACCCACCGGCAGCAUCUCAAGAGAAGGCUGUCGGAAGUAGGGCACCACUUCCUGGAAAACGAGAGCUGGCUGCACCGGGUGGAGAACGAGAUGAAGCUGCUGGGCCAGGAUGGGCAGAUUCCCAAGGUUCUCCAGAAAGAUCUGCAAUGUCACAAAUUACAGCUGCAAGUAGAGGAUCUUAAACAACAAAUUGAGCACAUGACUCAUCUCAUUAGCCUUCAGGACCAGGAAAACAAACAAACAAAGAAGAUUGUAAGCACCCUGCUUCCAGCAUACCGCAACCAGUACAGAACGCUAAAAGACUCUGGCCUGGCCACCCCCAUCCAUGGUUCCGAGUACCAGGGCCUAGAGCAGCUGGUCCUGAGGGAGAGGGGUGUGGUAUGGGCAGACCAGCAUGUGGACGAGGGGUGCCUGGACACGGCACCCAGCCAGUCUGAACUUGCGUCUGUCCUGACUUUCUCACACCUUAUCUGCCACCAGAGCACUCCCUGCAGUGCUGAGAAACACAAGAGGAAGUCUUCCCAUAGCCCACAUGUUACUACACUAGGAAAAGACCAGGAAAACAAGGAGAAUCCCCCACCUGUAUUGCAAGAAGCCCCACCCAAGAAGCCCACAAGGAGGAAGUUAACCAUAUCUCCACCACAUUCAAAUUCAGCCAACCUGGCCCUGCCUCAGUAUCCAUCAGGCCUGCAGGAAGCUUUCAGACAAGAGGGAAUGUUUCCACUUCAGUACACCCCCGAGAUCUGCCGUGUACCUUCCACCAAACCCCCCCAUCAGCCAGCUGCACACACUCAGACCAGUUCUGAUGACCCCAAUGCCACCUUCGAAGUAGCUGACAGUGUUGAGCCAAACACAGGAAAUGCCACCAUCAUCCUAUCACCAGGCACCAGCAGACUUGAUACAACAGGAAAUGACAAUAGAUCCUUCAAAAGGUCAGAGAUUCCGUCUUUGCUGGAGGACAGGCACGCUAAACCAUCAUACAUGGCCAUGACAUCUGCUGCUCAAAGCAAACGCAAGCGUACUUGCUAUACCUUCAGCACACAAGGCCCAUCCGCCCCCAAGCGUGUUAAACAGGACUCUGCACAGACCAUCAAACCUCUGCGUGUGAGACGCUUUGGAGGGCCAGAGGAGAACAUGCCUGAGAGGAGAGUAGUGCGAAGUGUUUCUGAGGGUAACCUUAACCUCACUGGAGUUCCAAAGCCCAAGUCCACCUUUCUGAAAACAACGCAGCUGUUCAAGAAAGUGACCAAGAGGUUGUGACAGCUUUAUCCGCUCCUGGCUGCACCCUUGAGAAAC